GAUCAAACCAAUGGGGCACGUCCAGCUUCCCGCUUACCCCUCCAUGUGAGAGCAGGACAUUGGCCCGCAUAUAAAAUCAUUCUGAGAGAUUCCUCCCACACUUUCUUUCUUACAUGUUGCGCUACCCACUUGGUGUGCUACAUUCUUGCGCAUACUUUGCUUUCUUACACAAAUCCUCCCGAGGUCGUUUGAAUUACCACCAUGGCCCUUAAAGACCGCCUCCGAGGCAUCUUCCGACCAUUCCUGCUCAUCUGGCUCUCCAUCCAAUUGCACUACGCCGCUCUCAAAGAAGCCCUCCGCAAAGACGGCCUCGCUUCCCUUACCCAUCCCCACCGAAUCCGAGACGCCGCCAAAGCAAAACUCCUCAUCAUAACGUCCGACGGCUUCAUCGCCUUCGAAAACACCACCGUCGUCCCCUCCCUCGUCCGCGCCGCGCACGGCACAAUCCUCGAGCUCGGCCCCGGCCCCGGCAACCAAAUCCACCGCUACGACGCAUCCCGCGUCGACUUCGUGUACGCCGUUGAUCCUAACCCGCAUUAUGGCGCCGCCAUUGCCGCGAAGCUCGAGAAACUUGAUCGCCAGGAUAAGUACAAGUUUCUCGUGUGCGGUGUUGAAGACAGCGAGAUUCUGCGACGGGAGGGGGUUACAGAGGGGAGUAUGGAUACGGUGCUGAGUAUCCAGGUGUUGUGCGCGGUGGGGGAUGUGAAGAGCGUGAUGCGGGAGGUGUGGAAGCUGUUGAGGCCCGGGGGCAGCUUUGUGUUUUGGGAGCAUGAAAGGAGUAGGGAUGCUGCGACGGCUGUGGCGCAAGUUUGCUGGAAUCCUGCGUGGAGCGCUCUCGUCGGGUGUUGUCUGCAUCGGGAUAUCAAGGCGGAUAUCCUGGCUGCUGGGGAGUGGGAGAACCCGGGUGACAUUGUCGUGGACGAUGAGCCGUAUAGUUGCUUGCCUAGGAUUUGGGGCGUGCUUAAGAAGAAGGCUUGACUGGAAACCCCCGGGGGCGGGGGGAAGGGGGGGUUUCUCAUUACUCGCAUGCAACACCUCAUGGUGUCCUUUUUCACGUCAGCAUGAAUGCUCCGAGGAUAUGCAGCAUCACAGUGCAAAGCACAACACAAGCAGGCAGGACGUGGAGGCAGAGUUUCAAGAUCUAAGUAUCAUCAAUUCCUAGACAAUCUGCCUAGAACCACUGAGCACGAGUCGCUCUCAAGAACCCUACUCGGGUCUGAUAUACACGAUCCGCAGAUCGCUCUCAGCAAAAAAAAUCAAAAGAAGCCGCCCGUCCAUAAUUCAUCGCUCGUGUGGACUUCGUGCCGUGC